UGUUUCAUACAUAUCAAUUCAGCAGUUAUGUAGUGUACUGCCGGAACCGUAUACUAAAAUUUGCAACAAGCAUCGAACUAGCUGCUGGUCAUAGGCAACUAGCCUGUCGUCAUUAAUAGUAAAUAAUUAAUUUUGAAGAUAUUUAAAAUUUCGGAACUAUUAAUCAGUUUGAACACUGUUUUCAUGACAGCCGGAUUUAAGUAACCGAAACGUACGCGGAAUUUUAUCCUGAAAAACGACGAGCAGUACCGCGCCAUUGACAUUAUCAAGGAUGAAUAAUGACAAUCCAAUGAAAAAUGUUUUUAAUAUCGGUGAUUGACCAAUAUUUUCGACGAUUUUUAUGUGAGCGUGUCCGGACUUAAAGAACCCAGAAUUCACCGCGACAUACCAAAUAUAUGUCCUACAUGCAAGGAAUCAUCGCAAGACUAACCAUUUCUCUGCAUGUCCAAUAAAUCCUACUAUGGCCAGACCCCGUCGAAACAGCACGUUUCCUGAGCCGUUAGUCGACUUUGAUGACUACCACCUAGAACCUUACCAUCCAAGCGGGGAUUACAUUACCGCUGCAGUAAAAUAAUCUAAUAGAAUUUAAAGUUGUAUAGGUAUAUAAAGGGACUGUUUAGGCCAAAUUGGUUGGAAAUUGUUCGAGUAGUUCAUUACCAUUGUCAAAUUUUAAUAAUGACCAAUAUGCAUACCUAAUGUGUCAUCUUUACGGGGAAAUUUAAAUCUUUUAACGUUUUUCUAAAACAGUUAACAGUACCAAGUUUUCUUAAUAAAUCUCAAUUUUUACACCAAAUUAUCGUUUUCUGGCACCGUCGGACGGAUAACAUUAGUCCGGAAAUCAUAAUCUACUUGUUGCGAGAAUGUUAAACGUUGCCACCAAAAAUAAAUAUGCAUAUAUAUUUUAUACACAUUUUUAAGCUUAAAACACAUGUGCAACAUAUACACCCUGUACUGAUAUGCCAGCAGCUGAUAACCAUCUGAUAAAUGGAGGUGUUACAACAGCCGCAAGAGGCUGCAAACCGAACCGAAAUCCAACAGUUUUUUUGAAUACACAAUCUUCCAUUACCGUGGUAAGGAAUGCUAUAACUAAAAUAGCAUCUCAAAUAAAUCAUCUGAAACUUUUCGAAACGCAAGUAAAUUAUGGAAGUGAACGGGAGUAGUGCUGCGCCACAAAAUCACACACAAUACUCUUUUCUUCCCUCACUUGUGGCAGGUGGAGUUGCCGGUGUUGUUGUGGACAUUGCACUCUUCCCCAUCGAUACAAUAAAAACACGUUUGCAGAGCGAAUUGGGUUUCAUACGUGCCGGUGGUUUUCGUGGUAUUUAUAAAGGAUUAGCACCCGCUGCUGCUGGUAGCGCACCAACUGCAGCACUAUUCUUUUGCAGUUAUGACAGCUUCAAGCGAUAUUUAGGCCAAACUACUGGUGCAUUUAAUUCUCCAUAUAUACAUAUGGUGUCCGCUUCGUGUGCAGAAAUUCUAGCAUGUCUUAUUCGUGUACCCGUAGAAAUCGCCAAACAACGACGACAAACGAUUGGCAAUACACAAAGAACAACUGCUCUGCAAAUACUAUGGCGCGCCUACAAAGUGGAGGGCUUACGUCGUGGUCUGUAUCGCGGCUAUGGCACAACAGUGAUGCGUGAAAUACCAUUUAGUUUAAUACAAUUUCCGCUUUGGGAAUACUUUAAACUACAUUGGACCGACGUCACUGGUAUAGAAUCAACGCCUUUCACUGUCGCCUUGUGUGGUGCUGUUGCAGGAGGCAUUGCAGCUGGCUUAACUACACCACUUGAUGUAGCCAAAACGCGUAUCAUGCUUGCGGAGCAAAGUACUGCAACGAAAAAGUUAAAUGCCCGUACUGUGCUGACAACGGUUUAUAGAGAAAGAGGUUUUUCGGGAAUCUUUGCAGGUUUUACCCCACGUGUACUCUGGAUCACAUUAGGCGGUGCAUUCUUUUUUGGGUUCUACGAUCUCACUUUAAGGAUAUUAGGUGGUAAUGCUGCAUCGGAUAAAGUAAAUGUGUAGCAUUUAAAUUCAGCUAAAAUAUAUACUCGAAAAAUAUAUACAUACAUAUUAUAUUAUAUAAAGUCAAAGACAACAUUUGAUUAUUCCUAAGACAAUACAUGUAUAUUAUUAAAUAUUUAUUUUUAGUAACUUUGUAGUUUGCUGGUGAAUUAUUAAGACAAGAUAAUACAUCGACUAUUUUCAACAUU